AUGUCUCGUAUGAGUGUGCCGCCGAAGGUCGGGAAGCGGCCCGACAUCGCCAUGGAGAACACCAAUCCAAAGGUUUUUUUUGACAUCAACAUCGACAACAAGCCAGCUGGCCGCAUCGUCAUGGAGCUGUACGCUGACACGGUCCCCAAGACGGCCGAGAAUUUUCGAGCUCUCUGCACAGGAGAAAAAGGCAAGGGCAGGAGUGGCAAGCCCCUGCAUUACAAGAACAGCGUGUUUCACCGCGUCAUCCCGAACUUCAUGAUCCAAGGCGGCGACAUUACUCGCGGAAAUGGCACUGGCGGUGAGUCCAUCUAUGGCACGACUUUCCGGGAUGAGUCGUUCUCUGGGAAGGCCGGCCGACACACUGGGCUUGGGUGUCUUUCAAUGGCCAACGCAGGUUCCAAUACGAACGGGUCACAAUUUUUUAUUUGUACUGCGGCCACUCCGUGGCUCGAUGGCAAGCAUGUUGUCUUUGGGCGUGUCAUCAACGGCCUUGACGUCGUGAAGAAAGUCGAGCGGCUAGGAUCGUCCUCUGGAAAGACGCGCAGUCGCAUCGUGGUGUCCGACUGCGGUGAGCUGGCGGGUGAUAAGACAAAGGCACAGUUGCAGCAGCACCAGCAGCAGAAGCAGCAACCGGCUAAGGCAUCUGUGGGCAUGAGGCCGGUCACUGACACAAAGGCUGUGGAGAAAAAGCUCGUAGUUUCUUCGCCAGUCGCCGAGGCGAAAAAGGCUCUCUGUGCAAAGAAAGAUGCACUACCACGGGCAAACGCAUCAAGUGAGGCGAAGAAGCGUAUACGCGAGGUGAACGAAGACGAAGCACGGCUGGUACGCCUUCGUGAGAAAAAGGCAAAAUUGGCUGCUCUGCGUUCGAGCGCUGAAGGAAAUGAGUAA